AUGAAUUUAUUUCGUCCAUGGUUAGCCAAUAAACAACAAUCAUCAAAUGAAACAAAUUCAACAACAACAACAACAACAAAUGAACAACAACAACAACAACAACAAAGAUUAAAAAAAUUCAUCUGUAUUGAAUGUAAAAAUGGUUUCAGUAAUCGUAGUCAAUUGAAUAGCCAUAUUCGUACUCAUACAGGUGAACGACCAUUUGUUUGUGAUUAUAAUAAUUGUCAAAAAUCAUUUACAAGAAAUGAAGAAUUAACAAGACAUCGUCGUAUACAUACUGGUAUACGACCAUAUCAAUGUUGUUGGUGUGAUAAACGUUUCGGUAGAAAAGAUCAUUUAAGAAAACAUGAACGUACACAUGAAAGACGUUUUCGUUUAUCAUCAACAUCAUCGACAACAUCGACAUCAACAUUAUUUCAUCAUCAAAAUCAUCAAAUCAAUAAUACCGAAUCGAUUAUAAUGCCCAAAUCAUCAUUAUCGAUGGAUGUUGUCGAUUCUGAACAGAAUAAUAUU